CCGCCCACAAGCACCUUUCCCGUCCAAGUGGAGAUUCCAAUUUCCACUUACCUUUUCCCUUUACCUACAUCAGCCGGGGCUGCCCGGGGAGUCUGACUAAAAGCAGAGCCAUGCAGCGGGGAACGCAGUGGGGAUCUGGCCAUGGCGACAGCGUGGAUCCUGGUGCUGGUGACCGUGCUGCUGGGCUUGACCGGAGCGGGCCCUGUCCCUACUUCCAAGCCCACCUCAACCAGGAGGAGCUGCCUCAUGAGCAGGUUCCAAUCUCUGUCACCGAGGGAGCUGGAAGCCAUCAAGAAGGCCAAGGAUGCCCUAGAAGAGUCGCUCUCGCCGAGGAACUGGAGCUGCGGCUCUCGCCUCUUCCCUCGGGCCAGGGACCUGAGACUGCUGCAGGCCUGGGAGCGCCCCGUGGCCUUGGAGGCCGAGCUAGCCUUGACACUGAAGGUCCUGGGGACCAUGGCUGACUCGUCCCUGGGGGUCGUCCUGGACCAGCCCCUCCGUCUGCUGCGCCACGUGCACUCGGAGCUCCAGGCUUGUGUCCCGGCUCUGCCCACAGCAGGACCCAGAGCCCGGGGCCGCCUCCACCACUGGCUGCACCGGCUCCAGAAGGCCCCAAAGGAGUCCCAGGGCUGCCUCGAGGCCUCCGUCACGUUCAACCUCUUCCGCCUCCUCACACGGGACCUGAAAUGUGUUGCCAGCGGAGACAUGUGUGUCUAA